ACACGCCCCUUCUUCUUUUAAAGCCAUGCGGUUGGUUUCGAUGAUAAAUAACAGGAAUCUAUGACGAAAAGCUUUUUUCUAACAUUAUUUUGAUCCCCCUCAACACGAAAGGAAGCACAGGACACCAUGCAGUCCCGAGGCGUCGUGGAGCUCCAGCAGCAGGUGGAGACGCUGCUCGGGACUCUGGUGAAAGCGGCCGCGGUGGAGUUGACCAAACUAUUCGAGAGCACGUACUUAGCCUCCACUGCAGCCACAGACACGGGCCUCAGGGACGACCAGAGCGGAAGUGUGAAGGCAUUCUACCCUUUAAAUGGUGCAGAGGGUAAACAAAGUAUCGGCGUGCAAGUGGAUGUUGUUGACUGUACGUCGACAGCUUUGCAUGACCCCCUCUUGUGCUCACAUGAGGCUGGUCUUAAGGUGGGUGGCCUUAUGCCUUCAGGGCUUCUCCUGGCUGAAGAUGAAGCCUCCAUGAACCCCCUCUGGUCACCGAUGAAUACACAUCAGGAUGUUGCUGACACUGGAGACCUGUUGCAGACUUUUCUUCAAAUUGACGCUACAGCUCCGAAUCACUCCGAGUCAGAGUCACACAUAAAAAAUGACUCUCCGGGUGAACCCAAGGCAUCUUCAGACAAAUCUCUUGAAAGCCCAUCACGGUCUUCCGGUAAAAAGAAGGUGUAUGUAAUACAACCGAGCAUCAGUGAUGGCACAUUGGAUCAGACAAAGUUUGUUUGCCCAAUAAUACUCAAGACUCAGUCUUCUAACGCAGAGCCUGAGAGCUCGGAGCAGUCCAUUCAUAUUGAGCCACAGCAAGCCAAAGUAAGCACCGCUAAAGGCAAGGCCUAUAGCCCAUCUCUGUCUGAUGGGACAGUUACCCCUGCUCAGGCGGGUGUGUCUCCCCAAAACCAGCCCUUGAUAAAGCUACAGUCUCUAGAUAUGAAGCUACUAAAGCCAUGUACGGUACAACUGGUCAAUCUGCUGUCUGUGCCCCAGGUUGGGGCUGUGAAUGAAAAAGCAGGGUGGUCUGUACCCAGGGACCUUCGACCUCACCAGAGUCUUCACACGGGCCAUCGUCUGUGCUGCUUCACAAAAUGUGACAACGGUGUGUGGCGCCUGCAGAAGAUUGUAACUCACUCUCGAAGCGGCUACGCAUGCAGCAAAUGUGGGAAAACGUUUAAGCACAGGAAGAUUUUGAGGCGCCACGAGCGUUUCCACACGGGAGAAAAGCCCUACAUGUGCUCACACUGCUCCAAGACAUUUGCCUUGAGGAAGAGCCUCCGGCGUCACCUACGCUUCCACUCGGGAGAGCGGCCAUACAGCUGUGCUCAGUGUGGGAAGUGUUUCCGACUCCGAGAGAACCUCAAGACUCACCUGCGCUUCCAUUCGGGGGAGAAGCCAUACUGCUGCUUGGCCUGUGGGAAAACCUUUAGGAUCCAGAAGAACCUGGAAAAGCACACGCUGAGCCAGUGUGGCUUUUUUGUCCCCUCCUUCAGGACCAUCGCUGGCUUGUAGCUAUCACCACUGCCUCGUGGGACGUGCAGCUCUACCUCAGGGAGACUUAAAGGCCACUCAAGAAUACUGGAGAUCAACACAGCAGAAAGUUACUUUUUAUAACACUGGAUCAUUCCUCCUAACUGAUUCUAUAUCUGUUGUUUACAUUUACUAUAAGAUCAAGAUAUGUAUAUGUAAGAGAUAUUUUAUUUUUACUUUUUGUAAUUUCUAUAUUAAUGGCAACAUGAUAAACUCAUUUAUAAUGUGGCUAAAACA